AUGGAGAAUCACACAAAAAAUCAUCAAUCGUGGUCGAAUUCUUUUCUGGAUCCUUAUCCGACAUUUGGAACUCGAUAUGCACUUGAAAUGCUUCAUUCACUUGGUUCCUUAUUUGAUAAUAAAUAUAUAACGAAUGAAUCUCUUCGAACAAUAAUGAUCGACUUGGCUAAUCGAGACGAUAAGUGCUUUUACAAAUUAGCUCUUAAUGCAUAUCAAAACCUUCAAAAAAAUGAAUCACUCGAUUUAAUGACUAUUUUUAAUGAAGAUGAAUUUGAAUACAAUAAAUAUGAUUUAUUCAAGUUCGAUGAGGAAAAACAAGAAAAAGAUCAUCUCUACUGUGAUGUUAAUGUUGUUCAUGUCACACCGUCUUCUAUAAAAAUUAUACCACGUGAACGAACUCAAGGUCAUCGUGCUCUACGUCAUCGUAUCUUCAAUGAUGUCGAGGAUUUUUGUUUGGUAUACUUUAAGCCCGAUAAAGCAGGACAAUAUAUUAAUCAAUGUCGAUCUUACGAGAUGGUGUUGAGAUCUGGUAUUCGUAUAUGUAAUAUUCGCUACCAUUUGUUGGGUGCAUCCAAUUCGCAACUACGUGAACAUAGUUAUUGGUUUGUGAAAGCUGAAUCUUACAAUGAAAUUGAUCAAAAACGAAAACAAUUGGGUGAUUUUAGUCAGAUUACUAAUGUUGGAAAAUAUGUCGCACGUUUAGGUCUUUGGUUUAGUAAGAGUACUCCAACAGGAAUCAUACUCAAUUAUACUGAUGAUUUUGAUCGACGGGUUCAAAAUGGUGAAUAUUGUGUUACAAAGAUCGAUGAUAUUGAGCGUAACGGUCAUUGUUUUACAGAUGGUAAUGGAUUUAUAUCAAAAGGUUUAGCAAGAAUGGUGGCCAAAAAACUUGGUUGUCGCAUUAAAACUAUAAAUCAUGAUAUUUAUCCGUCUGCUUAUCAAAUUCGAGUGGCCGGAUGUAAAGGUCUUGUUGUUAUUGAACCACAGUCAACACUGGAUCAAUUUUAUAUCAAAAUUCGUCCAUCGAUGAAAAAAUUCGACUCAGAUGAUUGGACUUUGGACAUUUGUGAAACUAGCAAACCAACUCCGACCAGACUCAAUAAUCAAAUUAUUAUCAUUAUGUCCGAUCUUGGUGUACCCGACGAGACUUUUCUUCGUCUACAACGCAAGUGGUUUGAGGAUAAAGAACGACCACCAAACGUUAUGGAACAUCUUUUGAAAAAUAAGUUACCAUUACCAGUGAACGAAUGUCGAUAUAUGUUUGGUUGUGCAUUCGAAACUGUUCUUGAACCAGGACAAUGCUUUAUUCGAUAUCAGAGUGUGGACAACGAUGGAAAACCAUUGAAAGAACCUCGAUUUGAAACUGUUGUCGGACGAGUCAUUGUUACGAAGAAUCCUUGUCCUUAUGCCGGUGAUAUGCUUGUAUUAGAAGCUGUCGAUUGUCCUGAACUUCAUUGUGUAACUGAUGUCAUCGUAUUUUCGACUAAAGAUGAACGACCCGAUCCAAAUAAAAUUGCCGGAUCCGAUCUAGACGGUGAUCAAUAUUUUGUUUAUUGGGGUCAAGAUUUACAAUUGUCUCGAAAAACUGAACCACUCGAUUAUACAUCAUUUGUAGCAAAUGUUCCUUCAAACCCUAGAUCUAUCACUUAUGUCGAUGUGAUAAAGCAUUGUUAUUCAUUAGUGGGUGCUACAAGCUAUGGUGAAAUUUAUAAUUUACAUGCAACUGUUGUUGAUAAAAAUCUAGAAAAUUGCGAACAACGUACAUGUCAGAAAGCCGCUCUUGAACUUGCGACUAUGUUUUCAGCUGCCAUUGAUUCUUCCAAAACGGGUUAUAUCAUUGAUCGAAAACGUCUAAGUCAAAUUCGCAAAUCAUAUGGUACAAUAUAUCCAGAUUUUCUAAUGAAAGCUAAAUCAUACGAAUCUCAAUCCAUUGCUGGUAAACUUUAUCGGCAAGCAAUCGAAUACAAAAAUGCAAAUCUCGACAGAUUUCGAAAUCAAACCAUGGAUUUACGUACAGAUACUUAUAAUAAUUUUCAAAUGAAGAAUAUUCGUUCAUAUGUCGAAAUACGUACUGCAUUGAAAAUCGAUCCACAUAUUAUUUAUCAAGAAUUGAAAUAUUUUUGUGGUGAUAAAGUUCCAGAUGAAAGUAGAAUAGCAAAAUGGGCUGCAGUUUAUAAAAAGAAGAAUGGACAAAUUGAACUAUUCAAUGAAUAUAAAACAGUAGAUCAAAAUAGCCAUUUGAUACAGUUGAGUACUACACUCACAUUAUCACUUUUCUGUUCUUAUCUUCUUUUACCUUGUCUCGCUGUGUUUUGGCUUAUAUUUUAG